UGGAGGAGGUGGGGAAUUAAGGCGAGUCCGACUAUAAACACUUGGCAUGUCAAGAAAGGGCCAUUCCCGCCCAAUUUGGAGGACAACCAAUUGCGCUAAGCCGCUAACUGAACGGAAACACCUCUGCUUUCUUUUUUUCCAAUUAAGCCCUCACCAAUGAACUGCACGCACCGUCCCUUCCCAACGGUCACAUUCCCUCCAAACCCUACUUCUCGCAAAACCCUAAUUCCCCCAAAUCUCACUUCCUUCCUCUUCCAUACCCUCCCAAACCCUAGACCCCUCCUUUCUCCGAACAAAACCCUCCAGCCAGCGAAGAAGAUAACCCUCCGAACUAGAGCUUCCGCCAGCGAUAAUGGCGCAACCGGGAACUGGGUGAAGUGGUUGCCCACCGGAGCUCUCUCCGCCGAUAAAGUUCUCAGGCUGAUUUCCGGCGCCACCGCCAGCCCCAUUUACCAGUUCGUAUCUUCGCCCACCACUUUUCUUCACUCCGUGGACCCCAGAGUCAAAUUGGUAUGGCUUUUGGCUUUAGUUGUUCUACCAGCAAGGUCCAAUGUGAUAAUGCGUUUUGGACUAGUGAUAUACUUGACUUUUCUGUCUAUAUGGUUUCUCCCAAAACAUGUUUGGAUGGACCAAUUGGGAAGAGUGGGUUUGCUUUCUGGAAUUUUAUUUAUUAUGUUGGGGCUGGGUUCGGAUGGUGUCCCUCCUCUUGUCCAGUUGAGAACUCCACCACCUGCAAUGAUGGGAUUGCCUAAUGUUCCUUCAUCUUUGGGAGGUUACUCAUAUUUAAUUAUGAAACUGGGACCAUUACAAUUUACAAGGAAGGGCCUAUCGGUAGCAAGCACUGCUGCAUGCUUAACCUUCACUGUCUUCCAAAGUGCGAGCCUUUGCCUAUCAACAACAACCCCUGAACAACUUGCAUUUGCCUUGCGGUGGUUUAUGCUUCCUUUGAAAUAUAUUGGCGUCCCAGUGGCUGAGGUUAUUCUUACCCUCAUGCUUUCAUUAAGGUUCAUCAGUCUAGUGUUUGAUGAGGUCCGUAAUAUUGCAUUGGGGAUUGUUUCUCGUAGGAUAAAUUGGCAACAAUUGACGAUGAUGGAGACAAUUGAUAUUUUCUUUAUCUACUUUCGUCGGAUCUUCAAAAAUUUAUUUAGCCAUGCAGAGCAGAUUUCACAGGCAAUGAUAGUCCGAGGUUUUAGAGGGGACAGCAACGCUCAUAAAAUUUACUUUCUUUCAGACUCAUCCUUUGGGAUGGAAGAUAUUGUUUCCUUGUUGUGCCUGGUUGGUGUUACAGGUGCUGCCCUUUUGUCUGAUUACUUCUUCGUGUGAUACCCUUGCCCACUCUUGCUUUGGUAAUUCUCUGAUCCUUCUAAAAAUUUUAUUGGGAGUUCGAAUGGAUUUUGCUUAUUUCUGCACAUUUGUCACUUGAUUAAUUCAAUUAGCAGGCAAUGGAGAUUCUUUCAAUUUCUAAUACCAUACAUCUUUUUUUUUUGGACUUAUCCCAUUACUUUAAUGGGGAGCAUGGUAAUAUACAACUUGUAAGUGUUGUGAUUUACCAAUCUUAAUACAUUCAUGGGCACUUCAUAAAGAGAAGCAUUAGAGGUGCAUAUAUCUGUAAAGGAUACUUGUAUAUUGCUCUUUACUGAUAAGUAUCUAGCAACUAUACAUCUUAUAAGCAUAAGUUUAGAAGUCGUUCCUCCUCC